CCGCCCUCCCCCCAGUCAACGCGUCGCUAUCCCCCCGCCUGGCUGUCUCUCAUCCCACCUCCCACACACACACAUCUACACCUUACACCCUUCUUCCAACCAACUCCUGUCGAAUCUCUCUGAACCAUCUGAUAUCGAUCCCUCGAUUGUUAGAUCACUACUCCUUCCGUGCCAAGGUGAGUUGUCGGUGGUCCCCACGUGCAGACCAUGCUCCAUUCGCCAGUCACCAUGGCGACUCUCCCCCGCCAAAGAAACCCCACCAUCGAAGAAAGAACGAUCGAAGCAAUUAGGAAGCCCCCGGCCCUACUGACACCCAUCGUAGGAUCCCGCCGCCCCUGCAUCUAACAAACAAUCAACUACUGCUCAGCCCACGCCAUGGAUGACUACAACUCCGAGACCGAUUCCGACUACACAUCGUACUGGCGGGACUGGUUCGUCGCCACGCGGGGCCAUGAGUACUUUUGCGAGAUCGACGAGGAGUACCUGACGGACCGCUUCAACCUGACCGGCCUGCAGCCCGAAGUGCCGUACUACCAGUAUGCGCUGGACCUGAUCACCGACGUCUUCGACUUUGACUGCGACGAUGAUAUCCGGGAGCAGAUCGAGAAGUCGGCACGCCACCUUUACGGACUGGUGCACGCUCGGUACAUCAUCACGACCCGGGGCUUACAGAAGAUGCUGGAGAAAUACAAGAAAUGCGAUUUCGGUCGAUGCCCGCGCGUCUUCUGUCGCUCCCACCCCCUCCUUCCGAUCGGACUCUCGGACCUGCCUCACACCAAGAGCGUCAAGCUAUACUGCGCCAAGUGCGAGGACGUGUACUCGCCUAAGUCGUCGCGCCAUGCGUCGAUCGACGGCGCCUACUUCGGCACCUCGUUUCCGCACAUUCUGUUCCAGGUGUACCCGGCGCUGAUUCCACCAAAGAGCAACGAACGUUACACACCGCGGUGCUUUGGCUUCAAGACACACGCUAUCGCCGCGCUGGCUAGAUGGCAGGAGCAGAAGCGUGGAGAGCAGGAUCGCCGGCUGGCGGAAGUCGGUAUCGAAGUCAAGAGGGUGGAGGGGGAUGAUGAUCCGGAUGGGAGCAGCGAGGGCGACGAUCUCUCACGAUAGACCCCUGAGAACAGCUUCCUUGCGCGGUACAGAGCGGCGAUACGGUUCACGUAAACCGAAGUGGAUUUUUGAGUCGCGGAUCAUCACCUACUGCGUUGUUACUUACAGGUUGAACAUGUGGUGUAUAUGGGGCUGGGGGAAGAGAGGAUGAGAUCGAUUCACGAAGAUAAGAUGGAAAGCGUUAGUGUUUGGUUUCUUUUCUGUUUCUCUUUCUUUCGGAGCCAGGUUUCGUUUUUCUUUUUUUCUGUUAUUACC